AUGGCUCCAUACCUGGGCUCAACCCCUUCGACAUCCUCGGACUCAGGAUCACCCAUGAUCCAUCAGAAUGGACACACUGAUGAUGCUAUUCCAAUCGCCAUCUGUGGCAUGGCACUUCGCCUUCCAGGAGGCAUAUCUACCCCAGAAGCAUUCUGGGAUUUCCUUAUCAACAAAGGAGACGCCAGAGGACCUGUUCCUGAGUCUAGGUACAAGGCAUCUAGCUUUUACUCCAAGUCUCGCAAGCCAGGCCAUGUCGCCAGCGAAUAUGGCUACUUCCUUGAUGAGUCUGUAGACAUUGGAGCUCUUGACACGAGCUUCUUUAGCAUGCCCAAGGUUGAAGUAGAGCGUGCAGACCCACAGCAGCGUAUUCUCCUUGAACUCACUCGAGAGUGCUUUGAGAGUGCUGGAGAGGUUGACUAUCGUGGCAAAACUAUUGGCACAUAUGUUGGCUCCUUUGGAGAGGACUGGCUCGAGCUCUUUGUCAAGGAUCCCCAGUUCAAUGGCACUUACAAGAUCACCGGAUAUGGUGACUUCGUACUUGCCAACCGGAUUUCUUACGAAUAUGACCUCAAGGGUCCCAGCAUGGUGAUCCGCACUGGUUGCUCCUCGGCUUUGAUAUGCCUUGAUGAGGCCUGCACGGCGAUUCGAUACGGCGAAUGUGACUCGGCUCUCGUGGCUGGCACCAACCUCAUCAUGGCACCAGGACUCACCGUCUGCAUGUCCGAACAGGGAGUCUUGUCCCCUAACGGCUCUAGUCUUACCUUUGAUGCUGAUGCCGACGGAUACGCUCGUGGCGAGGCUCUCAAUGUUGUCUAUAUCAAGCGACUCGAUCAUGCAAUCCGCGAUGGCAACCCCAUCCGUGCUGUCAUCCGUGGAACAUCAAACAAUGCCGAUGGCAAGACACUCGGGCUCAGCGUCCCAAGCUCAGCAUGCCAUGAGGCUAUGAUUCGCAGAGCCUACAAGAUUGCUGGUAUCGAUGACAUCACAAGGACCGGCUAUGUCGAAUGUCAUGGUACUGGAACAGCAGCCGGCGACCCCAUUGAAGUAUCUGCAGUUGCCAGUGUCUUUGGCGAUAGUGGCGUCUAUAUUGGCUCUGUGAAGCCCAACGUCGGCCACUCUGAGGGAGCAUCUGGCCUAACCUCCUUGAUAAAAGCAGUCAUGGCUUUGGAGAAGGAUACGAUCCCUCCCAACAUCAAGUUUAAUAAGCCCAACCCAAAAAUUCCGUUUGAGGAGAAGAAGCUCAAGGUUCCUCUUGAACCUACUCCGUGGCCAGAGGACAGAGACAAGCGUGCCUCUGUCAACUCUUUCGGCAUUGGUGGUGCGAAUGCUCAUGUAGUCAUUGAGUCGGCCAAGGCUUACCUGGGCACCGUUGACUCACCAAGUGAGGGCGAAGAGUUGCCAGACCACCCACAGCUUAUGCUGUAUUCGGCCAACACAGCAGAUUCAUUGAGGCGACAAGUUGUGCAGAGCCAAAAAUACCUUGACGAGCAUCCAUCGGCGACACAGGAUAUUGCCUACACACUUAGCUCAAGGCGAACCCAUCUACCACAUCGAUCUUUCUCAGUCGCGGGUAAAGGGGUAGCACCAAACACAGCGCCUUUCACCAAGGCUCCCUCCUCAUCGGCUGACGUUGUCAUGGUAUUUACUGGACAGAGUGCUCAGUGGGCACAGAUGGGCCUUGAGCUUUUGGAGUCAAAUCCUGUCUUCAGAAAAUCAAUUGAAACCAUGGAGCGGGUACUCCAAAGCCUUCCCGACCGUCCUUCCUGGUCACUCAUCGAAGAGCUCUCUAAGCCCGCGGAAACAAGCAACGUCAAUACUGCUUCUUUCUCCCAACCUUUGUGCACCGCGCUACAGGUUGCCCUAGUUGAUGCAUUAAGCGAGAUUGGCAUCGUGCCUUACGGUGUUGUUGGACAUUCUUCUGGUGAGAUGGCAGCCUCAUACGCCGCUGGAUAUCUUACCGCCUCUGAGGCCAUCGUUGCAGCCUAUUACCGCGGCGUUGUAUCUUCAGAGGUAAAGAAGGCUGGAUCCAUGGCUGCAGUCGGUAUGGGAAGGCAGGAGACGGAGCCGUUCCUGAUUCCAGGCGUUGUUAUCGCCUGUGAGAAUUCGCCCUCGAGCGUUACGAUCUCGGGUGAUACGGAACCACUGGAGCAAGUCCUGGAGUCAGUCCGCGCAAAGAAUCCAGACGUGCUGGCUCGGAAAUUGAAGGUCCGGACAGCCUAUCACUCCCAUCACAUGAAAGAGGUUGGCGAGAGAUAUCACACAUUAACCUCUCAUCAUCUCCAUGACAUCCCGAACGGCAAAGAUCACAGUGCCCCCAAGAAGAAGGCAUUUUUCUUCUCUACUGUUUCUGGAAAACAACUUACCAAUACUGAUCAGCUAGAUUCAAGGUACUGGCAGUCAAACCUUGAGUCACCGGUGCUGUUCAACACUGGCCUGUCGAAUCUUGUCGCACAUCAUGGUGCAACUACCAAGGCAAACCUCAUGUUCUUGGAAAUAGGUCCCCAUUCAGCAUUGGGCGGCCCAAUUCGUCAAAUCUUGGCCAAAUUCUCAGCCAAUUACCCAUACACGUCAUGCAUCAUCCGCAACAAGAAUGCCAGUGAAACAUUCCUCUCGGCUGUUGGCCAGCUCUGGAUCCAGAACGUUGAUAUCGAUUUCGACCAGCUAACCAACCCAAAUAAAACUUCCCGCGUUGUUCCAGAUCUGCCCACUUACCCUUGGAAUCAUGAAAAUUCGUACAUGUUCGAAAAUCGCGUGGCAAAGGAGUGGCGUUGGCGCAAAUUCCGUCACCACGAACUGCUGGGUGUCCGUGUCAUUGAGAGCACAGAGAAUGAACCUGUCUUCCGGAAUGUCAUCUCACUGGCAACUGUUCCGUGGAUUGUGAACCACAACAUCAAAGGAGAUGUUGUAUUCCCCUGUGCCGCAUACGUGGGAAUGGCUGGCGAAGCAGCACGGCAGCUUUGUGAGGGCAACUUCGAGGGCUUUGCUCUCCGUAACGUGGUGAUCGACACAGCCAUGGUUCUGACAGACUCCAAGUCAACCGAGGUCAUCACCAGCGUACGACGGGCGGCGCUCACAGACAGUCUCGACAGCGUGUGGUGGGACUUUGUUGUAAGCUCCUACAACGGAACAACGUGGAUGAAACACUGCACUGCCCAAAUUUCUGCAUUGACGGAAUUAUCAACCGCAGAACGAGCAGAAGACGCUACCAAGCUCUCUCGACAUGUGGAAACCAAUAAAUGGUACCAGGCUCUCCGUACAGUUGGAGCAAACUACGGAGACGAUUUCCAAGGCUUGUCUAAUUUGUCCUGCUCAACAACUCGAAAUCUAUCUAAAGGAAGAGGCAUCCAUACUGUUAAGGAUGAUGGAGAAUCGUCCUACUGCGUGCAUCCCACGAAGUUUGACUUCUUCCUCCAGUUGUUCAGUGUGGCAGCCACCAAUGGCCUAACCCACAAACUCAAUAGGAUGAAUGUUCCUACAUACAUUCAAAAUAUUGAAGUUUACAAGUGUGAUUUGGAGAUCGACAUGGCAAUCAAAGCAAUCCAGACUCGACGCGGCCUUCUUUGUGGUGAUGGAGAGGGCUUCGGAACUGAUGGUAAGAUGGCAAUGAAGAUGACUGGUGUUAAACUCAGUCCCAUCGAGGGGGCUGAAGCAUUUGAGAACCCGGAUCCCCAUGCUGGAGCCAGAGCGUUCUGGAGACCGGAUAUGGACUUUGUCAACUUUGACUCUCUGAUUACCCCUCAUAAUGAGCAACAGCAAUAUUUGCAGCUCUGCGAAGAAUUGAAUCGUGUCGUCAUCCAGGAGGCACUUGCCAAGCUUGAAGGUAUCUCGACAGACAUUCCCCAUUUCCAGCAGUUCUUGGAAUGGAUGAAGAAGCAGCCACAACCGAAGCCCGAUAGUUCUAGGGAAGGUCUUGAAAGUAUUCUUUCAGCAACUACAAUGGAUCCCCUCGUCGUGGCUUUUAGGGUAAUCCUUGAAAACAUUGUCCCUAUGUUCAAGGGUGAAGUUGAUCCUGUUGCUAUCUUGAUGCCAGACAAUACGCUGGCAAACAUCUACAAUUAUUUGGAUCGUUGUGACCGUAAGGAACUAUUCCAGACACUUGGGCACUCAAAGCCCCAGUUACGAAUUCUUGAGAUCGGUGCCGGUACUGGUGGCACUACCAAUACCCUUCUUCAGAAUCUUACGAACUCUGAGAACGGCUCUCUUAUGUAUUCCAGAUAUACAUAUACAGAUAUCUCACCGGCAUUCUUUGGACCUGCCAAAGAACGUUUCGCGACUUACCCAAAUAUGGACUUCCAGGCAUUAGAUGUCACCAAGGAUCCGAUCGAGCAAGGAUUUGUGGCAGGCUCGUAUGACCUCAUCGUCGCAGCAAAUAUUCUCCACGCUACUCCUAGUCUCAAGCAAACUCUCAGCAAUGUGUGCAAGCUACUUCAUCCUGAAGGCCGGCUAUAUAUGGAAGAGCUGUGCUCUGACGUGAAGGCCAUCAAUUUUGUCAUGGGCGUUUUCGCUGGCUGGUGGCUCGGUGUGGAUGACAAUCGCAUCGACGAGCCUUAUGUCUCUCCCGAGACCUGGCACAAUAGCCUGAUAGAAGCUGGUUUCGAUGGCCUGGAGCAUGUAGCUCUCGACUGUCCGCGACCAAAUCACCUGAUGGCUGUAAUGACAGCUAAACCGGCCGUCGAAGCCCCACGACACCAUGCUGCCACUCUCGUUUAUGAUUACGGGACGAUGCAGCUUGCGAAAAACCUCUCAAAGCAGCUUCAAUCUGAUGGUUAUGACAUCGACCUGCAUCUUUGGGCUACAGGACCACUUCCUAAGGGCAAAGACGUGAUUGCCGUGGUAGACCUCUACAAACCGUUCUUUGAAAACAUUAGCAAGAGCUCCUUUGUCGCCCUUCAAGAAUUUCUAUCAGAGAUUGCUGCGUUAGAAGUCGGUCUUCUCUGGCUCACGCGAUCUUCGCAGUUCAAUUCUCAGGACCCUCGCUGGGGACAAGUCAUCGGUGCCAUGAGAACAAUUCGCGGCGAGAUGAAUGCUGAGAUGGCUACUUGCGAGCUGGAUCAGGUCAAUGCGGAGAAUCUGUCUGCCGCCGUCAAGGUAUUCAAGAAGUUCAACCACCGUCGCUCGGAAGAGCUUCUGCUUCCCGAAUUUGAAUACGCCAUCAUCGAGGGUGUGAUCCAGAUUCCUAGACUGUUCCCUGUGUCAGUAAACGAGGAGCUCCGUGAGUCAGAUACAGACAAUCGGCCGGAGGUGGGCCACGACCUGAGAAUCGGCAAGUUUGGACGACUUAACACCCUGGCGUGGACUGCAAUCCCCGUGAGGGAGUUGAUCGAUGACGAGAUUUUGGUUGAAACGAGGGCUUUUGGAAUGAAUUUCAAGGACGUGCUGAUUGCUAUGGGGAUUGUCGACGCUCGAGUUAAGACCACUCUUGGCAUAGAAGCAUGUGGUAUCGUCAGGAAAGUUGGCCCGAAUGCCCAUGAUCUGAAGCCAGGCGACAGAGUUUUCGCAUUUGGAGAAGGCUGUUUCUCGACUCAUUUGAUUCUACCGCAGAAAGUCUUUGCCAAGAUCCCCGAUUCCCUCAGUUUUGAAGAUGCUGCUACGAUGCCUUGUGUUUUCGCCACUGUCAUCCACGGGCUUCUUGACCAGGGCGGUCUUCAACCCGGGCAGACGGUUCUCAUUCACUCUGCUUGCGGUGGUGUCGGACUUGCGGCUAUCCAAAUAGCCAAGAUGAUCGGCGCUGAGAUAUAUUGCACCGUAGGAAACGAAGAGAAGGUCCAGUACCUCAUGUCUACAUUUGGCAUGCCCAGAGACCGCAUUUUCAAUUCGCGGGACAAGACUUUCCUCGCCGAUAUCAUGGCAGCAACAAAAGGCCGCGGAGUUGAUAUUGUCCUCAACUCUUUAUCUGGUGAACUACUGCACACGUCUUGGGAUUGCGUGGCGGAAUUUGGAAAGCUGAUCGAAAUCGGUAAACGUGAUCUCGUGGGGAACGGCAAGUUGGCGUUGAACGUGUUCGAGCUCAAUAGAAGCUACCACGGCAUCGACCUUGGCCACAUCAUGGAGCUCAGAAUGGAUAUUGGUAACAAUUUACUCAAGAGGGUUGCCAAAUACUUCGAAGAGGGCCAUAUCAAACCUAUCCGUCCCGUCAAGACUUACACAGCAAACGAGAUUGAGGACUGUUUCCGCUAUAUGCAGAAGGGUCAGCAUAUUGGCAAGAUCAUUAUCACGCUGGACCUUCCAGAAGGGAAAUCUUUGGCGACAAGUCAAUCAGCUCGUAAAAUUGAACUGCAACCCUACCACUCUUUCUUGCUGGUCGGUGGUCUGGGCGGUUUGGGCCGUGCUGUCUCCAACUGGCUGAUUGAACACGGAGCUCGCCACUUAGUCUUCCUCUCGCGCAGUGGAGGCGAGACUGCGGAAGAUCAAGCCUUCUUGGAAGAGCUGCGCAGCCAAGGCUGUACUGCUUCCGCGAUCAAGGGCAGUGUUAGCCGGAUUGCCGACGUGGAGCGGGCUGUGGCGACAGCCGGCAGCUUCCUCAAAGGAAUACUCAAUGUCUCCAUGGUCCUUCGAGAUCAGAGUUUUGCAAACAUGUCUUACGAAGACUGGGUUGAUUGUGUUGAGCCCAAGGUUCUCGGGACUUGGAACCUUCACAACGCAACUGUUUCUCGUAAGCUUGAUCUCGACUUCUUCGUGCUCUUCAGCUCCAUCUCGGGAAUCGUGGGUCAACGCGGCCAGGCCAAUUACGCCGGUGCCAAUACCUUCCUGGACAGUUUCGUGCAAUAUCGACAGAGCCUCGGGCUGAAUGCUUCAGCCGUGAACAUUGGUGUCAUGCUUGACCAUGGCUAUGUCGCCGACAACCCCAUCGUGCGGGAGCGCCUUUUGUCUCAGGGAAUAUACGGCAUUCGAAUUGCCGAGAUGCUUGAUGCGAUCACGGCCGUUAUCAUCGCACCUCGUUUAGCCACCCGCGAGCGCUUGUCGAAUAAGCCUUUCGUUAGCAAGAGUGAGCUGCUUGUCGGCAUGCGCAGCACCACACCUAUGACUGAUGCCUCCAAUCGCGUUCCUUGGAAGGGUGAUCGUCGAGUGGGUGUUUACCUGAAUAGCGCCUCUGGUGCUGCAGGGUCAAGCUCGUCAGCAGCGUCGAGCGAGCUCUCCUUGUUCCUGUCGCAAGUGGUUGGAAACCCUGGGGUUCUCUCAGAAGCUACCACUGUCGAUUUUGUGGCCAUUCAGAUCACCAAGCAGCUCAUGAUGCUUCUGAUGAAGCCUGUCGACGACGACACUGAAAUUGAUGUCAACAGCACUCUGCAGGAGAUAGGCUUUGACAGUCUCGUGGCAGUUGAAAUGAGGAGCUGGUGGAAGUCAUCGUUUGGUACAGACAUAAGCGUGCUAGAGAUGCUUGGAGUGGGCAGCCUGAAAGCUUUGGGCCAGAAGGCGGUUGAUGGGCUGAAGGAGAGAUUCGGCGAGGCUGAGAAGGAGGAUGAUUCGGGCGUGAAGAAGUACACGCACGAAGAGGUUUUGACGACCAAGAUGCCGUAG